AUGAGUCGAACUUCGUUGGCAAAGCGCCUAGCACGCCGCAUUGAGGUGCAAAGAGAUACCGACACUGAUGUCGACAUUUACGUCAACAAAGAUACGCGACCACUUCCUCCCUCGCGGCGAACAUACGGUCCAUGGGAGUUCGUUGGGCUAUGGAUGGUAACAGGAUCGUUUAAUGUUGGUGGCUGGGCUACAGGCUCUUCCGUCAUCUCCUUGGGCCUCAAUGUCUGGCAAGCUAUGCUUGCCAUUAUCAUAGCAAACACUUUUGUUGGGCUUGUAUGUAUUGCCGGCGGCCAUCCUGGUGCAAAGUGGCAUAUAGGCUUUCCAUUAUGGAUGAAGCAAAACUGGGGCAUCUGGGGUUAUCUGUUUCCGAUGGCUAUCCGUGUAUUUCUCUCCUUCGUCUGGACUGCAACGAAUACCUGGUAUGGCAGCCAAUGUCUUCGAGUCUUCUUGACAUGUAUUUGGCCGUCUUUUCUCAAGCUGGACACAGAGCUGGCAAAUGGAGCAAUGAAGGUCUACGACUUUGUCUCCUUCAUCAUUUACUUUUUGCUUUGCUUGCCCCUUAUCUGGUUCAGCCCUGAGAAGUACAAGAAGCCUUUCUUGAUUGCUUCGACCACCGUUGCAACUACUGUGUUUGUGCUCCUGAUAUGGUCUGUCGUUCGUGCUGGUGGAGGAGGAGCACUCCUUACAGAUGUGGGAGCAGUCUCCGGCCACGAGCCAGCCAAAGGAAGUGCUCUAGGAUGGGCUUUCGUCGCAGCGGUCACUGCCAAUAUAGGCAGCAUUGCCACGCACAUGUGGUCGCAAUCAGACUAUACCAGAUAUGCGCGCAAGCCCGGUGAUCAAGUGCUCGCUCAACUGGUCAUGGUGCCUCUUGGAACCAUUGUUGUGGCUUGCAUUGGGAUUGUCUGCACAUCUUGUGCUGCCACGCUUUACCCACAGGAGAAAAAACUGCUGUGGCAGCCAUACGCCUUCCUUGAUGCAAUUCGCGAGCACGAAGGCACCAGUAGUGCACGAGCCGGAGUAGCAUUUGCCGCAAUAGCCUUCAUGUUCUCCCAAUUCGGUAUGGUUGUGGCAUCAAACUGCGUGGUGGCAGGAAUCGGCCUGGCCGCUUUGCUUCCGCGAUGGUUUACCAUUCGUCGUGGAGGCUACCUCACAGUCGCCUUCGUCUUCGUACUCCAACCGUGGUCUCUACUAAACAGUGCAACCAACUUCCUGACUGUAGUCGGAAGUUUCAACGUCUUUCUUGGUCCCUUGAUGGGCAUCAUGUUCGCAGACUACUUCCUCCUAAGGAAGACUAACAUCAAGCUCACCGAGCUCUUUUCCAACGACCCUACCAGUAUCUACUGGUACACCAAAGGGUGGAAUUGGCGGGCAGCGAUUGCAUGGGUUCUAGGAGCUUCUUUCCUUAUGCCUGGACUUGUACAAAGAGCUGUCGACCCAAAAGGCUUUUGGCCAGGAUGGACCAGACUUUAUCAAUUGGCAUGGUUCUUUGGUUGCUUAGUGUCUGGGAUCGCAUAUUUGGUGCUCGAUCACUUCUGGCCUAUGUCUGAGAAGCUGGCAGUCGACGACCUGGACUACUUUGGCACCUUCGGAGACCCGCCGAUCAUCACGGAUGCAUUUGCUGUUGAUGCUGAUUGCAAGGACAUUGUUAUGCACACGAAAGGAAUAGAUGUGUAG